AUGUCGGCUUUACGCCUUUGGAAAUGUUCCUACUAUCCGGUGACCAGCAUCGCCUCUCUGCUGGUGUUCGUUGUAGUGGCCCAUCUGGUCUUGUCCCCGUAUUUGCCGCUUUCACUGGAUUACUUAGGGCCAAGUCGGAUCCAAACAUCUUGUUUGCCUAUUAAUGGCUCCACUGGAGGGAAUAACACAGACUACAUGGUGGGCAAUUCUCAGCGGGUUCUUGAUCUGGACGCCCAGUUUCCUGCCGAUAUUUUUCAAGCUGUUUUCUAUCGAGGCGCCCCUUGGAAGGCUGAGAUUGGUAGAUGGCUUUCGGGUUGUGACUCAGUUUCCAAGUCCGUCGACAUUAACGAGGUUUUAAAUCGUUUUCCUUUUCAGAUGAACAUGAUAUCUGCCACUUGUUUCUAAUUAUGCAGCUUGGUUAAGUCAGCAUUUCCCCCCCUUCUUUUGAUAGAACAUAGGAAGCAAAGCCUGCAAGGAUGGUUGCAAUGGACAGGGCAUUUGCAACCAGGAACUGGGGGAAUGCAGGUGUUUUCAUGGAUUUGCAGGCAAGUACAAAAAUCUGUGUAAUCGCCUCUAUUCAGAUUAAUCCCAUGUUCCAUUACCAAUUGUUGCGCUUAGUUCAAUGUUGAAGGUCCCUCUAUAUUGAAUGAUAGUUAAAAACGUUGAACGCUGUGGCACCGAAUAUUGGUGAAAUCAUUCAUCUUAAGAACAGGGGAUGAUAGACUGAAAUGAUUUUUUUCAUCUCUUAUUAAGGACAUGUAGGCAUGGUUCAACAGAUUUAUUUUUUCUUCAACUCUUACAUACCCACAUCAGUUCUUUGUAUUCAGUUGCAAUAUUGGAGAAAUCGUCUAUCUGGAAUGAUAGGUGGAUGAUAGCGUGAAAGGAAUUUGCUUCUUUCAUCAGGGACAUGUUAGCCUUGUCCAAUGGAUUUAUUUUAUCAUUGUUCGAUUUCUUUUCUACGCAUAUCUAAUUUUUUUUAUUAAUGCAUAUAUUGGUGGAAAAUUAUCUAUGUUGUGGGAAAGGGAAUGAUGGUUCAAUGGAUGCAUUUUUUCCUCCUUCAAUCUUGUGUACACAUUUAUCUAGUUUCUGUGAAUGGGACUUUAAAGUUUCCUGUCAACAGAAAUUAAUACAAUAUUGAUGGUUUCAAAAAAAAAAAAAAAAAAAAAAACAGGGGAUGGAUGCUCAAAAAAGUUGCAGUUGGAAUGCAACCUACCAGCAUCUCCUGAUGAACCCUAUGGACCAUGGAUCGUUUCAAUCUGCCCUGCAUCUUGUGACAAAAGUCGAGCCAUGUGUUUCUGCGGAGAAGGAACAGCCUAUCCAAAUCGCCCUGUUGCGGAGGGCUGUGGAUUUGGAAAGAAGUAAGACACUGGAAUUUCCCUUUAUUAAAGUAAGAUCUAUGAGAUGCAGGCCUUUUCUGCCCUAAUUAAAUUUUUUUUAAUUCAAAUAUCUUUGUUAUUUCAUGAAACUAUUUCAGCCCACCCUCUGGACCUGGUCAGCCAGAGCUUACGGAUUGGACGAAAAAGGAUCCAAAUGUGUUUACAACUAAUAUUAGCGAGCCGGGAUGGUGUAAUGUUGACCCAAAGGAAGCGUAUGCAUCUAGGGUCAAUUUUAAGCGGGAAUGUGACUGUAAAUAUGACUGCCUUUGGGGGGACUUCUGCGAAUUUCCAACCUCAUGCAGCUGUAUAAACCAGUGCUCUGCGCAUGGGCAUUGUCGUGGCGGCUUCUGUCAGGUGCCCUCACCGCCUUCCAAGCCCCAUUUUUCUCGUUUAGUAAAAUUAAUUCAAUAUCACGAGAGAACUGGGAUUGUUUCAUAAGUGGGUUACACCUGAGAGGACUUUGAUUGUUUCAUCCUUUUAUGAUCCAAUUUGGGUUGGGGGGGGGGGUGAUAUCUGAAUAAUAUUGUCUAGGAAUCUGAGCGAGUUUCCUACUUUUUAUCAAAAGACCAUUUUUGUUUAGAAAAAGAUCAUAUUGUACCGAAGGUGUAUUUAGAGUAUACCGAAUGAGUAUAGCUAUCCUCCCUCUGAUACGGCAACGCGGUUUCAAGCAGUGUUUUAUUGGAUUUUGCCCACUUAUGAAUGAAAUCUCCCAAUCUUGAUGAACAUCCUGAAUGAAAGUUUUUCCAAUUUUUAUCACAAUGGGAGCUUUUGCUUUCUUAAUUCAUUUUUUCUCACCUUUUUUGCAUUCUUUAUUGACAGUGCGACAGUGGUUGGUAUGGUAUAGAUUGCAGUAUUCCAUCAGUUCAAUCACCCAUGAAUGAGUGGCCCAGAUGGCUCAGACCUGCAGCAGCUAUUUUACCCGAUAGUUCUCCUGAAAUCAGCAGGCUUGUAAGCAUUAAAGCCAUCGUCAGCAAGAGAAGGCCUCUCAUCUAUGUUUAUGACUUGCCACCAGAGUUCAACAGCCACCUUCUUGAGGUCAGCCUCUGAUAUAUGGCCAACCCUCGUUACAACUACAUGAAUAGCAUUUAAAUUCCUAAGGUUUGAAUUUUUCAGGGGCGACAUUUCAAGUUCCAAUGCGUGAACAGGAUCUACUCUGAUCAGAACAGAACGGUGUGGACAGAGCAGUUGUAUGGCUCACAGGUGACAUCUAUCUAAUCCUUCAGAUUUAUUUAUUUGUUCUUGAUUAAGCAAGCAAAAAGCUCAUACGAUGUUUUCUGCUCUUCUGUCUCGAAGAUUGCUUUGUAUGAAAGUAUCUUGGCGGGUCCUCACAGGACAAUGAACGCAGAAGAGGCUGACUAUUUCUAUGUUCCAGUCCUCGAUGCCUGCCUGAUAACUCGUGCUGACGACGCACCCCAUUUGAGGAUGGAGGUAGGAAUAUCACCUGCUGGCGAAUGCCAUUUCCUUCUUUUUCCAUUUCUCGUGAACCUGAACUUCAUGAUAUAGAUGGGAAAUUUCUAAUAUCCGCUAUAUAUAUCGCUGGCCUGUAACUCAGGGGCACAUGGGCUUGAGGAGCUACUUCACAUUGAAUUUGUAUAAGAGAGCGUAUGAUCACAUUGUCGAGCGUUACCCAUACUGGAAUCGCUCAUCUGGAAGAGAUCAUAUUUGGGUAAGAUACAGAACACUCUGGGUACAAGCCUAAGGGGAUCUUCAUAAGUUUUAGGAAUAUUCCCAUUUUAGUUAUGAAAAAAAAACCAAUGAUUAUAAAGACGGCCAUUUCUUGAGCCAAAUAAUGGUUGUUCGUCGAUUGAGCAUUCCUAAUUUAUGUUUUCCACGUGGCUGAUUUUUAUUAAAAUAAAUCUGUGAUCGUCAUAAAGGUUGCCCACUCUGUCGUUCAUAGUCAACUCUCGCAUGUGGUUAUGCAUAUUUUUCGGAAAAUUAAAUAUCCCUGAUUUUUUUUUCCCUUAUCCAAAAAUAUAGUUAUUCUCUUGGGAUGAAGGUGCUUGCUAUGCUCCCAAGGAAAUAUGGAAUAGCAUGAUGUUAGUUCAUUGGGGAAACACAAACUCAAAGCACAACCAUUCAACGACCGCCUACCCAGGAGAUAACUGGGACCAUAUCCCUUCUGAUAGAAGGGGGAAUCAUCCGUGCUUCGACCCAAGAAAGGAUCUUGUCCUUCCAGCGUGGAAACGGCCCGAUGCAGGGGCUCUGGAACGGAAGUUGUGGGCUAGGUGCAGCUAAUCUCAAUUUUCCUUCUUUUCAUGGUAAAAAUAUGACUGGAAUUUUGAAGACCAGGGUCUGUGUUUAUUGUUCUUCAGGCCUCGUCAGGAGCGAACGACACUUUUCUAUUUUAAUGGAAAUUUAGGACCCGCAUACGAAUAUGGCCGACCCGAAUCUACGUACGUAAAACCCCAAGCAAAAGAUACGUUCUUUUUUAGUGGGUACCUGGAAUUUUUUCUUAUUUUGUCCAAAAAAUGUUCAGAUAUAGUAUGGGAAUCAGGCAGAAGCUUGGAGAGGAGUUUGGUUCGACACCCAACAAGGAGGGGAAGUUGGGAAGGCAGCAUGCUCCAGAUGUCGUCGUGACCCCAAGUCGAGCCUCUGAUUACUAUAAAGAGUUAUCAAGCUCGGUGUUCUGUGGGGUGUUCCCUGGGGACGGCUGGAGCGGGCGCAUGGAAGAUAGUAUUCUCCAAGGCUGCAUUCCCGUGGUGAUUCAGGUGAUCCUACUUUCUCUCAAAUUCGCAGUUAAAUCACAUAGUUGGAUGGACAGCUGAUAUUCAGUCAUGAUUUCUCUGGUGAUUUAUUGCUUAAUUUCCUCUCAAAUAACCCGUCAAAUUACCAAGUUAGGAGGACGGCUGAUAAUUCAGUUGAAAACCAUGGUUGCUUUAUUUUCUCUCAAAUACUCAAAUAAUUUAUUAAGUUGGAUGGAUGGUUGAUGAUUGGCAGAAAUCCCUGCGGUGAUUCUUGUGAAGAUUUUCAAGUUAAUAAUUCAUAAUAUUUAUUCCCAUUUUCACCAGAGAUAAAUCAGAUGAGAUUUUUUUUUUAAUUUCUCAAAUACCCAAUUAAAUUACCGAGUUGGAUGGAUUAAUUAGCCUGCCGGUAUAUUUUAAUUCCAAGUUGAUAAAUAUUUUCGCCCCUGUGGGAUUAUUCCAGCAGCCAAACAGUUUCCAAUUAUGUAUAAAAGUCAGGACUCCUCGUUAAUAUUUCUUAUUUUUUCCCCUCACUCACUUUUCUUACUCAGGACGGCAUCUUCCUACCAUACGAGAACGUCCUCAACUACGAGAGCUUCGCCGUCCGAAUCAGUGAGGAUGAGAUCCCCAACCUGAUUAACCACCUCCGGGUAAGCUUGGAAGUUUUCUAUUUCCGGUAUACGCGGGUACAGCAUCUAAUUUUUUUUCUAUAUUUAGCUUCUGACGAUAUCUUGGGGUCGGGUCUCUUUAGGGUUUCAACGAGAGCAUGAUCGAGAUGAUGCUGGGGAACGUGAGAUCGGUCUGGCAGAGGUUUAUGUACCGCGAUUCCAUCAUGCUGGAGGCGGCGCGGCAGAAGAAGUUAUUCGGCGACGUGGAGGAUUGGGGGGUGGAGUUCUCAAAGCUCGAAGAGGACGAUGUCUUUGCCACAUUGAUCCAGGUAAGCUUCAAUCUCCAGCUAAGAGCAUCACCAGAAAUAGACAUCAGCCCAAUUCUCUCCAUCAUUAGUUACCAUAAAAAGGAGGGGGUGGGGGCCCAUAUAACGUUGACUUUAUUCAGGUGCUCCACUACAAACUACACAACGACCCCUGGCGGCGGCAUCUCAACUCCGCGACCAAGAGGGAGUAUGGACUGCCAGAGGGCUGUGUGGGGAGAGGCUGGUAG